AGCAGUUUGGUUUAAAAGACUUUUGGCCGUCAGACAUCCGCGUGAUGCAGAAACGUUCAUGAACUGACAGCUGGUGGAUGGAUGCAGUCUGAGUGACGGAACUUCAUAUCAGCUCUGGACCGACUUUCAGCAUGUUCUUCAAGGCUGUCGAGGAAAAUAUUGAGCUGAGCAACAGAGAUGAUGGCACUGAGCCUUUACUUCCUUCAAUGCCCACCCAGAGGACGUUUGACUACGUGCUCGUGGCCAAUAAGGUGGACGAUGAGCAAAAGUCUUUGAGACAGGACGCCUUUAUCGAGCAACUAAAAAAGAAAAAUAUCGCAGUCACUAUGAUUUCCCAUCAUGACAAAGUGUUUUUCGGCCUGCGUGCUCCCAGUGACAUGUUUGAAGACUAUCAGUACCUGCUCAAAGUUUCUGACUCCUGCAACUGCUGUGGAGAUGUGAAUGGAGCUGUCCCUCAGACAACCAGGAUCCGAAUUGUUCAUUUCAUCCUUCAUCAGACCUUCAUCAACACAGGAGAAAACCUGGAAGAGCUCCUCAAAAAGGACGUGUUUGAAACCAUGUUCUGUCUUCAUGAGAAAAAGGAGCAGGAAGAGCUGAGGAAGAAGUGGGCACGAUGGACAGCUCUCUUUAACAGACAACCAUUCGAUGCCAUCAAGUCUUACUUUGGGGAGAAGGUGGCUCUGUACUACCUUUGGCUCACCUGGUACACUAAACUGCUGGUUCCAGCUGCUAUUCUGGGUGUUGUAGUGUUUCUCUAUGGCCUUGCUUUUUUCAACACCAACCCUCUCAUUAAUGAAGUGUGUCACUCCAACAUCACCAUGUGUCCUCGCUGUGAUAAGAAGUGUAAAGCAUGGCAACUCUCAGACAGCUGCACCUAUGCUAAGGUCACACAUUUGUUUGACAAUGAAGGCACUGUGGCUUUUGCAAUGUACAUGGCAAUCUGGGCCACACUGUUCUUGGAGCUGUGGAAGAGACACCGAGCCAAUCAUGUCUCUCAAUGGAAAGUCUAUGACUGGAGUGAGGAGGAGGAGGAACUGAUUGUGGAAAUAGUGAAUGAUCCGGACUGUAACCCCAAACAGUUCAGACACUCCUAUCUGCAGAGUACCCUGGUCCUCAUCCUGUUAACACUCAUGUUGAUGCUGAUCAUUGGCCUUGCCCAUGCUCUUGUGGUGUUUCGAGUCAUUGCGGCCCCCUUGAUGUCUGAAAGCAAGUGGGAGUUUUUGAGCGAGCACGCCAACCUUGUGGCUGUGAUGCUUGGAGCUGUGCUGCACUAUGUCACCAUUCAGAUCAUGACUCGCGUCAACAGAUGGGUCUCCUUGAAGCUGUGUGAAAUAGAGAAGCUGAACUCACUUGCUGCAACAGAGAGAAGCUUCACAGUCAAGAUGUUCACCUUCCAGUUCUUCACUCUCUUCUCCUCGCUCUUUUAUGUGGCCUUUUUUCUGGGCAGGAUAAAUGGCCAUCCAGGAAACUAUGUGCGCAUCGCUGGGGUUCGACUGGAAGAGUGCCAUCCCAGUGGCUGUAUGACAGACCUGUUCAUCCAGAUGGCUGUAAUCAUGCUGCUCAAACAGACUCUCAACAACAUCGUUGAGUUCACAGGACCCUGGUUGAAGAGGCUUGUGAAUAAAAGAUCUUCAAAGAAGUUGGAGAGGAAAUGUGGUCGCUGUUACAGGAAGUCCUGUCGUGAUGAAGACGGACGCUUUGAACCGUGUGAUAUUUGUAAACUUCGCGACUGGCUGCGCAACUAUCACCUGGUCAAGAGUGAUGCUUUCAGCCUGUUCAACGAAUUCCUGGAAAUUGUGAUCCAGUUUAGUUUCACCACCAUAUUUGUGGCAGCAUUUCCCCUCGCGCCCCUUUUGGCUCUCAUCAACAACAUCUUUGAGAUUCGUCUGGAUGCUAUCAAGAUGGUCCACCUGGAGCAACGGCUGGUUCCCAAGAAGACUAAUGACAUCGGUGUGUGGACAGAGCUGCUGGAGAUCAUCGGCGUGUUGGCAGUAAUUGCUAAUGGUCUGGUUAUUGGAGUCACGUCAGACUUUAUUCCUCGCCUUGUCUACCGUUACCGUUAUGGCCCAUGUGCUAAAGGAUUCACUCACACAGACUGCAUGGAGGGCUACAUUAAUGACACUCUGUCAACAGCCUUUAUGGAUCCCUCGAACUCAGACAUAUUUAUAGAUCCCAGUGAGAGGCAUAGCUUCAAUGUCACACUGUGCAGCUACAGAGACUACAGGAGUGUGGAGGACCACUCGCUGACUUCUCAGUUCUGGUUGGUCCUGGCUGUGCGCUUUGCCUUUGUUAUCCUCUUUGAGCAUGUUUUAGUGUUGUGUAAGUUUAUAGCAGCCUGGUUCAUCCCAGAUAAUUCCACACGUGUGAAUAAUGAACGCCUGCACGACAAACUGACUCGACUGAAAAAGGAGCUGCGUGAUAGGAAACGCAGCAGAUCAACAGAUGUCUGACUCCCCCAUGCUGACCUCAGAUCUGCUCCCACUGACAAAUGGACAAAGUGCUACCUGGUUGAAAUAUGAAAUGGAAAGAUGGAUUCUUCUUAUAAUAAUUUAUGUUUGUGGCACUAGAUUUCAGCUGGAACUUUAUGAGGUUUAUGCGUUUAUAUAUGUCAGGGUAUUAACAGACUCCAGCUGUGAUGUUUUUAUAUUAAAAGUUAUUUUUGUCAUUUAAUUUGUUUAAUACCUUGUUGUUGCAGGUCUUGUGAGAUGAACAGUUUCCAGCCAAGAGUCAAAAGAUUGUCAUUGACUUUACAAAUUGUCUAAACUGCUCAUUGAACCGCCUGUUCCUAAAACCACAGUUUUGGUCUUGAGCGCUUAAAUCUGUGUUCAUGCACUGCCAGGUACCAAACAAGUGUGUCCCACUUCCAUGCUACUUUAAAUCAUUAUCAAUGCAGUGCUCAAUUACAUUAUUUCUGCUAAAUCCAAGAGCACAGUGAAAUAAUUAAUCACUAUCAAUGGCAGCUUUGUUAGGAGCUUCCACACAAUAAUCUGUUUACAUUUAAAACCAAGUACUGCAAAUCAGACACACUGUGGAUCAACAUGAAGGUUAAAUGUGUAUUUUUAUCAAAGGUUUACACAAAUACUAAAAACAAUUUCCAUUAAUAGGUCAUGAGAAAAUAAUGUCUCUUUAUAGCAGACCUACAUGCUUCUAGAUCAUUGCUGGGUUUGUGAUUUGUCAUGUGACUCUUAAGUGUUGUGUGACGGCUCAGAUUUGAUGAAGCUGCUGGAGAUGAAUUCUGCAGAUGUGAGGUUCUGAACAGGAAGUCAUUCAGUGACCUGGUGCAUACAUUCAUUCAUUCGGUUUUAAAAACCAAACCAGAAGUUGUUUAUAAUCACAGUUUCAUGGAGUAUGUUUGAACUGAGCCAGAAUCAUGAGGUGGUGGAGGAUCCUCAGCAGUAACAAGCUGUGAACACGUUUACGUGCUGGCUCAUGAGCGCUGAUGUUGGAGCGUUGGUUUCACAGUAUCAGCUCUCAUCAGCUGAUUUGAAUUUGUAUACUGACACUAUGUCUGCAAGCCACAAGCAGGGAAGAUGAUGUGCUGAAGGAA